GCGUUUACCUGAAACGUCAACAACUUUCACAUUGCAACCUUAACCUUUCAAUCGGGCGUCCCUGACCUUAAUCGAAAACAAACAAAAUGGCUGCUCUUGAAGAUUUUUCUGUAUCCAUGGAUUCUGAAGAAGAUGGGUGGUAUGAUGAAGAUGAUGAUGAAGAAGAUGAUGAAAGCAAUGAGCUGAUUGGUCCUGUCAAAUGUUUAUUUUGUGAUAGCAUCCAGUCUUCAGCUUCAUUAUUAUUUGAUCAUUGUCAAGAUAAGCAUGAUUUUAGUAUCAGUCAUGUUUGUAGACUGUGGAAUUUGGACAGUAUAUCAUAUAUUAAGAUGAUUAAUUUUAUUAGAUUAAAGAAACCCAGUGGUAAUAAUUUAUGUAACAGAAAUAUAGAGCAGCAGCCACCAUGGUAUAGUGAUGACUUUAUGAAACCUGUUGAUCCUGAAGAUCUGCUCCUACAAUACGAUAUAGAAUCAUUGAACAUGGAGGAUAAGUCAACUCAACCAAACGGUCAACCACUCAAAUCAGAUAUAAUAUCAGUUAAUGGAGGAGACAAAGAGAAGAUAACUCUGUCUAUAUCAGAAUAUCAUGAAUUAUUAAACAAAAUACAAGUAUCAGAAUCACGAGCUAUCAUGGCAGAAUCAGAUUUACAAACAGCUCUAGAAGAUAUGAACAAAUUAAGAUCAGCAGCUCAGAAAUUGAUGUUAGCAGAACCCUCAGUACCAGUAGGUCCACCUAGUGUACAAAAUCUUCAACAAGAUGAAGACGAAUCAUAUUUCGACUCUUAUUCACAUUUCGGUAUACAUCAUCAAAUGUUACAAGAUAAAGUUAGAACAGAAAGUUAUCGGGAUUUUAUGUUAGAAAAUCGUGAUUAUUUUAAAGAUAAAAUAGUUCUAGAUGUUGGUUGUGGUACUGGUAUUCUCUCAAUGUUCGCAGCUAAAGCAGGUGCCAGUCAUGUGAUAGGUGUUGACCAAUCAGAAAUCAUUUAUCAAGCUAUGGAUAUUGUAAGGGAAAAUGGUUUACAUGACAAAAUAACUUUAUUAAAAGGCAGAUUAGAAGACGUGGAUCUUCCCUAUGAAAAGGUUGAUAUAAUAAUAUCUGAAUGGAUGGGAUAUUUUUUACUAUUUGAGUCGAUGUUAGACACUGUAUUGGUAGCUAGAGACAGAUAUUUAAAACCUGGUGGUAUGGUGUUUCCUGAUAUAUGUACCAUAUCUCUAGCUGCUAUAGCUGAUCAAAAACUCUAUGAUAAAGAUGUUAAUUUCUGGGAUGAUGUUUAUGGUUUUAAAAUGAGUUGUUUAAGAACAGAAGUUAUAAAAGAAUCAUGUGUUGAUGUAAUUGAUAAUAAAACAGUUAUUACAGACCCCUGUGUCAUAAAGGAAUUAGAUAUAAGUGUUUGUAAAAUAUCUGAUCUCCAGUUUAAUACCCCAUUUAGUCUGCAUGUUAAACGUGAUGGAGAUAUUACAGCUAUAAUUGGUUAUUUCAAUAUUUAUUUUAGAAAAGGAUUAACUAAACCGAUUGAAUUUUCAACCGGACCAGAAUCAACACCCACUCACUGGAAACAAACAGUAUUUUUAUUACCCAAACCAUUACCAGUUGUAAAAGGUGAAAAAUUAGAUGGAAUGAUAUCUUGUAAAAAGAACAGAAAAGAUCCCAGAAGUUUAGUGAUAUCGUUAACCUACAACGGACUCAAACAUUGUUAUAUCAUGGAAUAAAUUUGUUUUAUAUCUUG